CUCUGCAGCUUUUGUGUGUACAGUGCAAGACGAUUCGGUAAUGAGCAGACAACGAAAAUGCAGCAUUGCAGGGGCGAUGCCUGUAUGCCUACUCAUAUGCUAUUGUUAUUAUGGCCGCGUUUGUAUAAACAAAGGAGAGCCCUACUACACUGGGUUUGUGAGUCAAACGACGUGCGCCGUGCCUCUGUCAUUAUAUUAUAUCCUUUUUGCUGCGGCGCAUCUUCUCCGCCAGCAAAAACUUGGCUUGUACAUGCAGCGCAAGGAAUGUUCACCAUGAGGGGCGCCACACGCUCGAUUUGUGCCCUCGUCGUUGCGUUCGCGCGAGGGGCAACCUGUUGCGGCUUAAACCCACUCGAUCUCCAUUGCUGCCUGUGACCUUGCUACUCAACCCAAUUGCCGAUCCAUCCGCUCGCCUCGUUCCGCCUUUUUAUAUUAUCAUGCGCGCAUCGAUUUUCAUUGAUCCGUCAUCGUGUGAUAUCCGCGAUCGUUUGAGAGUCACGACGCAACACUCCACGUUACAUAUCGAUUACAUCGACAUUGCAUUCGAGCACUGUAAGCUUUAUUGUUGACGAGCAUUGCGAUCCACUAUAAUUUUUCAUCGCGAAUUUUUUUUGACACUUUGGUUUUGAAUGAAAAUUCACGAAGAAUACGUAAUGUGUUACAUACUUGAUCAACACUGUGACCGUAAAAAUAAAAUACUUGAUCAAUGUAAAAUUAGUCAGAUUUGCGAGGAACUUUAUUUUUUGAGACCUUUUAUUUUUGCUUUGAUCGCGUAACGAUUUAAACUAUCAAAAUAUCAAAUUAACGAUAAGUUAGUUAUACAUGAGGAAACAUUAAUCAAAAUCUGUUGUAUAGAUUUUUUAAGAAAUAGAGUAAUAUCAACCCGAAAACAGAUUCCCAUUAGAACCUGCCUUAAAUUCAUAAAUUUUGUUUUUUUAUAUCUUAGCUUCAGCUGAUUUUUAUUGGAAUCAUAAAAACCCUCUCCCAAAAUUUCAUAAAAUUCUCUUCCCCAAUACCGCAACUGCCGAACCAUUCUCAGAAUUAUUCUCAAGUGGUCGAAAUCGUAUCACUCGAGAAAUUUCGAGUCGCAGUUUACAUUAAUGCACCGUAAAAUAAUUGCGUCUGACACAAUCGCAGGUUUCCUCUACUUACUGACCCUGCGUGUAAAUGCAGGCCACGUGACCGCCUGCGAGCCAUGUGCCUUAAUAUCGCGCAGUCACAUUCCUCCGCCAAGCGAGCAGACUUCUCUAUUUUGCUGUCUGCUAUUCACGCUUCGCUUGCUUAGAUGGCAGCUUCUUGUACAUGCUUAUGUUAUGAAUGCUCAUAUGGCUUGAGCUGCUUCAGCAUCGGUAGUGAUAACAUACCGAAAUAUGUUAUAAUGAGCACUUGCAGUGACGUUUCAAUCGACUGAGAUUCUACGCUUUAUCGAGUGCGUAAUGUUUGGUUCACCGUACAAAUUCAAAAGUACCAAGUAUUGCAAUUAUGAGUUACUUUGCGGUGCUACGUCUCACCAGAUGCAGAACACUCGAUAGGUGUUUGAUUGAGAGAAGCUUCAGACAAGUAGUUCCUCGAUUAUACUCUGUAAAUAACGAUGAAGCUUACGACAGAAAACAAGAAAUCAAACGGUUACGUAGGGUAAGGAGAAAAGAGAUUAAGGCCCGGUUAAUUCAAGAUUUCGAAAAAACAAAAAAAAGAGUCGAGGAGAUCAUUGAGAGAGAAAAUAUUUGGACAAUACCCAAUUUUCUGUGUGUUGGACGUAUAUUAUCAACUCCAUGGUUGAGUUACUUGAUAGUAUCUCAAGAUUAUAAAGUAGCUCUUUGGCUUCUUGGAUUUGCCGGUCUUUCAGAUUUAGCUGAUGGAUGGAUUGCACGCACAUGGACAUCGCAAGCCUCAAAGCUUGGCAGUUUUCUUGAUCCUGUAGCCGAUAAGCUACUGGUUGGCACAAUGUUUUUAUCGCUUACUUGGGUAGGAUUGAUACCAAUUCCUUUAACUGCCCUUGUAGUUUCCAGGGAUGUUGCUUUAGUAGCUGGAGCAUCUUAUGUUAGAUACCGUUCAUUGCCACCACCGAAAACACUGGCUAGGUACUUUGAUGCUACACAUGCAACAGUUCAAUUAGCACCAACAUUCAUAAGUAAAUGUAAUACUGGAGUCCAAUUACUAUUGGUAGCAGGAACACUAGCUGCGCCAGUAUUUCAUUUUGUUGACCAUCCACUGCUUCAAGGUCUUUGUUAUUUAACAGCAAUUACUACUAUUGCAGGAGGUGCUAGUUAUUUAUUUACAAAAAACACAUAUAAAAUACUAUCAAAAAAAGAUAGCACAGGCAGGCAAUCAUGUAAAAAUAAUUGAAAUCGAUUGACAAAAAAUUGUAAAAAACUGUUUCUA